CGGUCAUGAAUAAGCCACCAGCCGGUCAUACUGGCGACUGGUAGAGUGGUAGCCACUUGGUGCCACGCUGCCAGAGUUACCGUGGAUCUGGAUGUGUGUGGCUAGCCGUUGACGAUCGUGCGUGCCAGGAAACAUAUUGUAAGAUGCGAUUUUGAUUCUCAUGGCGAGGGAGCCUUCGUCGUGAGAUUCAUCGGCUUCCCGUACGGAGCACUUCGUUCGGAGUAUAGUACGCUCUCGCGGGUUACGUAAAUUCGUACGAAAAAAAAAAAAGAAAAAAGAGAGAGAGACAGAGAGGAUAAGCGCAAUAAAGUAGAAAAGGGAGGAACGAGCGAACCGUGCGUUAAACAUCGAAAUGAGGAGGGCAUCAUUCGAUAAACACACCAACGGGAAGCGAAACGUUUUAAGCAAGACGUACAAUUCGUAUGGAUUCGCAUCUGAAAGUUCGAAGGAAGCCGAUUGCAAGUACAGCGUGAACUAUAACAAUAUCAAAGAGAAUUAUCUGCAACGAAGCAUUUCCGCGGAUAAUGUUGUAAUACGUUCGCGCGGUUUCAAACCCUCCGAUAGACACGACCCCGUCAAGAGGAAUUUCCUGGAGAGUUUAACUUCGAAAAUACUGCACUUCGAUAUGGAGAGCAACGAAAGUGCUCCGGUCAACCUGCAGAAACUGCUAACCCCCGCCACGGACACGGACGGGAUUCUACAAUCGAAAAAUAGAAAAAUGUUCGCGUCCUCGUAUUUCUAUGCGCCGACGCAUCCAACGGUCGAGGACCAGGUCGAGCUCGCGCGACGAAUUUCCCAUUCGUUGAGCGACGUGAAAAAUAUGAAAAGCAAAGGUCAAUCUAUGUACGUGAACAGGAAGAAGCGAUCCGUGAAAUGGAUCCACGACGGUAACGGUAUAGAAGAUUCAGAAGAGCCAUCCACCCCUGUUCACAGUGACAAAAUUCCUUUAAAAUGUAUGAUGAAUCCAUACGGAAAAGUGCUGGAUAUACGAGGCAUUCAAGCUUUGGGCGAGGAAGUAAAUAUCGAACCGAUGCCGAAGAAUCCUGAGAAACUGUUCAAUAUCGUUCGCGAUCUAAACAAUCACAGAGGCCGCGGCGCCGAGAUAUUCGCAAAACGCAGGAAAAGGUCGGAGAAAUGGGUUGUAGAUCAAGAACAAUCUCAAACACCUAACACCCCAGGGAUGCAAACAGUACCAACGUAUUCAAGAAAGCCGGAGACGAAUGGCAAUUCAAAGUUUCCGAAUAUGUCUCCGUUUACGUCUCUCGCGACUGACCCGGUCGUCGGAAAACAGUCAUUUUAUAAUCCCUUUACCGUGGACUUGUCUCUAAGUGACACAAAUCCACCCGCCGCAGAGAGGAAUCAAUAUCUUUGCAACGGUAAAGAUUGCAACCACUCGACCGAGGUGAAAAAGAUUUAUCUUCGAGAGGUGGCCGUUGGUACUGAUAACGAUUUUCCCGUUGACAAAUCUCGAUCGUCGAUCGUGAAAAAGUCACGACGAGCCGCUUUGGAACCCGACAUCGAACGACAUAACAUCUACCAUGCCGGAAGCAGCAAUAACGAAAACGCUACGAUAACAACGACUAACACUAACAGGCGCAAUUGCAGUUGCAACAAGGCUUCGCUGAACAAAUCUAAUAUUUUUAAUACGCAGAACGCUACUAACAAAGAGGGCAAGUGUUACGCCAGGGAAGAGUACGUAACGGAAUGUGUACAAAGCGCGACUAACGAGAGAGAGAAAUUGGCGAGUAACGAACGAGAGAACGAUGGUAUCCGCGUGGAUAGCGAAGGAAACGAAUACACGCCGGUACCGGUGAAACAAUUGAUACAAGAAUUCGAAAAGUCCUGCAGACCGGUUCUGCAGUACAAACAGAUCAGUCCGAAAGUUAUACCGAUUGUACAGCACUGUUCUCUGGACAACGACAUAGCCCGAUUCUUUGAAACACAAAAUUCCGUCAAGUACAACGCCGAGAGGGAACGCAGGAGAGUGACCGGCAAGCAAGUAUACGAAGAACCUGUAAAGCUUGCGAAGCAUGUUCAAGAUCAUUGUAACAACGGUUACGUGUCCACCGACGAUACAGAUUAUUCGAGCGACGAAACCGAUUCCCAGAUGAACGAUUACCCUAUCGAGGACAUAAUCUAUCGCGAGAAAUCGGAAUCGUCGAGCAUUAUGAACGGCGAUCAGGAAUACUCGUCGAUGUAUCGCGAAGAGUAUUCGAACCGACGCAGGUCGGUGACUUCCGAAGAGGUGGAAACCUUCUGCAGCAACGGAGAUGAGAAAUAUAUGAACACAGAAUCGGAAGUGCCCGCGGAAAGCAAGUCGUUGUUACUGUCGAUGUUAGCGUCUCAAGAAGAUAUUUUGGAGACUAUUAAACAUUUGCGUAGCACGCCCGUUCUGGGCAAUCUUUUGCACAGUGUUUCGCCAGAUUUUAAAUAUACCGACGACUGUCCAGAUGUAGGUAAAAAGCUUUACGAAGAUAACACCUACACAGGACCAAAACUUGCUAGCGUCAACAAUCUAACCAACUACAAUACCGCACCGCGUGGCUGGGAUCAAUCUUUGACCUAUUACCGACCAAUAAAGCUUGAGAAACCACAAGAAAUUGUUUAUUCGGACUUUUAGACGUAACGUAUUUAUAAAACAAACAUCCUUACGUGGGUAUAUUUAUCGCAGUGUAAAUACUUUUUUCUUGUUUUUAUGCGAAUGUAAUUGAGAACCGUUAUUCGAAAAAUAUUAUCGUUAAACAUUAAAUCUCGAAGUUAUGGAAUAUAUUAGAGUGAAGGUAAUAUUUUCCAAAUAUGAACGUAUAAUUGUUCUCGUAUUUGUCUUGAUUUCGUGGUUUGACAAACUAUAAUUUGUUUGUAUUUUUAAUUAUCAAUAAAUAUCAUCGUUUCCUUAUCUUUAGCA